CAAACACAUAAAACAUAGCGGUUUUGCACAUUUGAGUAGGUUUUAACGGUGACGUCAUCCCCGCGCGACUGCAACUUCUGAGCCACGUGGGGAGGUGAUGUAAACACCCGCAGCGCGAGUCUCCUCCGCCGUAUGUUCUCAUGAACGCUAUCAGCCCUUCAAAGUGAGCGAGACGAGUGCACACCGCUGCGCGUUUUCUGCGGAUCAUGCCCCAAGACUCCGAUCCUCCUCCGGCCAAGAGAUUCAAGCCGGGGUCUCCCUUCUUCCGCCUCGACAAGAAGCCCGGCAUGCUUCUGCCCCGAGCUGGUCAUGCGCCGAUCAGCGUGGACGCGCAGAGAAGACAGCUGCCCAUAUACCAGGCGAAAUCACAACUGAUCAAUCAACUCAGACAGCUGCAUAGUGCCGUGAUAAUAGGUGAGACCGGGUCAGGUAAAACCACACAGAUACCGCAGUAUCUGUAUGAGUCUGGCAUCGGACGACAGGGUAUCAUUGCAGUAACACAACCCCGCCGAGUGGCUGCCAUCUCUCUUUCUGGUCGAGUGGCAGAAGAAAAGAAAGUUCAGCUGGGGAAAAUGGUGGGCUACACAGUGAGGUUCGAAGAUGUCACGUCGUCUGAGACCAAGCUGAAGUUUAUGACAGAUGGGAUGUUGUUAAGAGAAGCUAUAGGUGAUCCAUUAUUACUGCGGUACACUGUGGUGAUUCUGGAUGAAGCUCACGAGCGGACCGUGCACACGGACGUUCUGUUCGGUGUGGUGAAAUGUGCCCAGCGCAAACGUGCGGAGCAGAACAAAGUACCUCUGAAGGUUUUAGUGAUGUCAGCCACCAUGGAUGUGGACCUGUUCUCUCAGUACUUCAAUAAAUCACCUGUACUGUAUCUGGAGGGCCGACAGCAUCCCAUUCAGAUCUACUACACCAAACAGCCUCAGUCCGACUAUCUGCAAGCAGCGCUGGUGUCUGUUUUUCAGAUUCAUCAGGAAGCUCCGCCUUCCCAUGACAUCCUGGUGUUUCUGACGGGGCAGGAGGAGAUCGAAGCGCUGGCACGCACCUGUCGAGACAUCGCCAAACACCUGCCCGAUACCUGCAGACCGAUGACAGUCAUUCCUCUCUAUGCUUCUCUGCCUCAAGCUCAACAGUUCAGGGUCUUUCAGCCCGCGCCGAAGGGUUCAAGAAAAGUUAUUCUGUCAACAAAUAUAGCAGAGACCUCCAUCACCAUCUCUGGCAUCAAAUACAUCAUUGACACUGGGAUGGUGAAAGCCAAGCGCUUCAAUCCAGACAGCGGUUUGGAGGUCCUGGCCGUGCAGCGGGUGUCUAAAGCGCAGGCGUGGCAGCGUGCGGGUCGCGCCGGAAGAGAGGACGCUGGGUCCUGUUACCGCCUUUACACUGAAGAGGAGUUCGACCACUUUGCAAACAUGACCGUGCCUGAGAUACAGAGGUGCAAUUUGGCCAGCGUCGUACUGCAACUUUUGGCUUUAGGAGUUUCUGAUGUCUUGAAUUUUGACUUCAUGUCUAAGCCAUCACCAGAAUCAAUGCGGACGGCCGUGGAGCAGCUCAGCAUCCUGGGGGCCGUCGACAGAAAAGAUGAGCAGGUGUUAUUAACCCCUCUGGGCAAAAAAAUGGCCUCCUUUCCUCUAGAGCCCCGCUUCUCUAAAACGCUCCUGAUCUCUCCUGACUUCAGCUGCACCGAAGAGAUUCUGACCAUCAUCUCUCUGCUCUCUGUGGACUCGGUUCUUUACAAUCCACCGGCUCGCAGGGACGACGUCCUCGCCGUGCGCAAGAAAUUCAUCUCCAGUGAGGGUGACCACAUGACCCUUCUCAACAUCUACAGGGCUUUCAAGAAAGUCAGCGGCAACAAGGAGUGGUGUCGAGAGAACUUUGUCAACAGUAGGAACAUGGGACUCGUGUCUGAAGUUCGUGGCCAGCUCAGAGAUAUCUGCAUCAAGAUGAACAUGAAGCUGGAAUCGUCGCAGUCAGACCUGGCGAAUGUCCGUCGCUGUCUGGCUCACGGUUUGUUCAUGAAUGCUGCGCAGCUGCAGCUGGACGGCAGUUACGUCGCUCUGGACACACAGCAGGCCGUGGCCAUCCAUCCGUCCUCCGUCCUGUUCCAGGCCAAACCAGCAUACGUUGUGUUUAAUGAGCUCCUGCACACGUCCCGCUGUUACAUGAGGGAUCUGUGCCUGGUGGAUGCCGAUUGGCUGCAGGAAGCCGCGCCGGAGUAUUUCCGCCGGAAGCUUCGCGCCACCAAGAGUUAACCCUCCGUUAAAUGUGCCAUUUAUUAUUCCUUGAUAUUUAUAACGGACUGCAUGAUAAGAAAUAAUUCUAGCCGUAGAUGAGUUUUUUCACAUGUGUGUAUUUUGUUAACACGUUUAUUCCUACACAGAUUAUAUGGAUUAUAUGCAUUUGGUGUUGGAUCUUUAAAGACUGCACUGUUUUGUGCAAAUAUGCAACAUGUCUGGCAGUUUUGCUAAAGAGUUUCACUAGUUUGGGUAAUCGAGAGCUUUAUUAACCGAAACUUUUCUACAAGUGAAUGAGUUCUUUCUACUUGCUAUACAUCUGAUGUCACGACAGUUUCGGCAGUACUUUUAUAAACCGUUGAAAAUCUUUUAUUGAUGAAAGUUAAAGAGUGUUUGCAUGUUUUUUAUAACCACGUUAGUAUAAGAAUCAUACAUUCAAAAAACAUCUGGAUCAAGUUUAAUUUGAUUUGAUGGAGACUAAAGCAAAGAUUUGUGAAUUUGGGCCACGUUUAUAACAAGAUUCGCUCCAUAUGAUAUGACUUCGAGCUGGAUAUUUUCAUGCAUUUUGCUGGUGAUUAACAAACGUAAGUACUGCUAAACUGACCGAUGUCAAUUCUAUAAGUGUAUACAAUGAGGUUUUGUGUUUCUGUUAUGAAAUGCAGGAUAUUUUAAUUCACUUAAUAGUUUAAUAUAACUGUAAGAUCCUGCAUAAAAAAUCAUCUCUUAGAAGUGUUAUAGAAGUCAAUAAAUUAUAAACCCAGCAUGUGGAAACAACUUUGAAACUAUUCUAAUGUAAAAACAUCUUGAGUCUUGUUUUAUGCCCUGUUCUAAAUAUCUGUACCAAGUUUAGUCAUAUUAUUGCCUUUUGAUCUAGAUAUGAUGGACUUAUCAUCAAAUAUAAUAUUGAAAAUACCUUAGUUAGAUAAACAACAAUUUACAAUAAUAUAAUGCAUGCCACUUUUUUUAUUAUGAGGAGCAAAAACAUGUCAUAUGCAUACAAGUUUUAUCAAAUACUGCCUUGUUUGCUUCACUUUGCAAAUCAUAUCUGAGACCACAUGUAUUUAUAGAUCUAUGUAUCAGAGAAUGUAUACACGCUGUGCAUGAAAUCGGACAGAAUGUGACCACUCAGGUUUUUAUGGUACGCAGAACGUAGUACAGAUGUUUAAUAUUAGUAUGAUUAUUUUCCAUUACAGCAUGAGCAAGAAGGCAUCAUUUGUUUGUGAAGGUAGCAGAUUCCCAGAAUGUAACACAACAGUCAGAAUUCAAAAGCAAUGUCUGCUUGAUCUCAUUGUUAUUAAAUCAUCUGAAGGUGAA